ACAGCAACAAUCGAUUCGGUGUUGUCGAGAGAUGGGCGAGUGAGGACACUGAGGUGGUGGUGGUGGUGGAGGGGGUGGAUAUUCAUAUUCUUGACCCUGCUCACUCUCUGCCUGUUACUGUCUUUGGUGCCAUAGGCAUACACUCAUCUCAUCCAUGAUUGAAGUCUCCCCAAGUUGUGUUCUUGGAAUCUUGUAGGUGUUGCGAGCCCCAGCGACGUCGACCAAGGGCAGUCGAUUUGAUGAUGGAUUGGAAUGCCAACUCUUCCUUGCUUUGGGAUUGGGAUAACCACGAGCACGUGGGCGGGGUUUACAAGCUGUCAUCCUCUGCCGCCGUCGCCGCUGGCGGUGGCGAUGGCGGCUCUUACGGCUCAGAUUUGGGGAACGGUUCUUCAUCCAAGAGCACCAUCUCUGCUUCUACUGCUUCCUCUAAGACCGCAAAGAGUUCCGAUUGGGAAGCGAACCCUAAGAACUAUGACAAUAACAUACUUUCGCUGGAGAAUGGUUCUUCACCAGCUGCGGCGCAGGCCGCUGGGUUGGAAGAAUCACAGAUAGGGCUGAAACUUGGUAAAAGAACCUACUUUGAGAAUGUUUCAGCAGAGAGCAGCGGAAAGAACCCAUUGUCUGCAUUGGAUUCUGUUGCUGCAUCAGGUUCCCUCGCCAAGAAAUCAAAGGCGUGUCAUCAGAGCGCACAGAGCACCUAUUGCCAGGUUCAAGGUUGCAGUGUUGAUCUUAAUGGAGCCAAAGAUUACCACCGGAAGCACAGGGUCUGUGAAACCCAUUCUAAAUGCCCCAAGGUCGUUGUCGGCGGUCAGGAGCGUCGGUUCUGUCAGCAAUGCAGCAGGUUCCAUGAUUUGUCCGAGUUUGAUCAGAAAAAAAGAAGCUGUCGUAGGCGUUUGUCUGAUCACAAUGCACGACGCCGCAAGCCACGCCCAAACAUAAUUUCUUUCAGUUCAACUCACACUCCAUUUUAUGGAUACAUUGUUUUCAUAAAUGGCAAACAUCAUUUGAACUUUCUAUGGAAUCUAGCUGCUUUUGAUCAUGGGAGAACAAUGGUAAGUACUGCCAUUCAGGAUUCUCAAAACUUCAAGUUCACACAAAUGAAGGGACCAUGGAUAAAACCGACUAAAGAAUGCAACAUAGAUGGGCAUCUGAAUUUGCCAAGCUCUCAUAUCUUAAAUGGCUUUUCUUCCCUGUACCAUGAUGGUGACAAACUCUUGCCAUGUCGUGGCACUGCCGCUGAAGUUCUCAAUCAAGGUUCAGAGGCAUCUGCAGGAGCUUCGAACUUGGAUGGAGCACCGGGCGUUGGACGUGCUCUCUCUCUUCUGUCAGCCACUUCUUGGGUUUCUCCCGACCCUAGACACACUUCUUCCAUCGUUAACUUUGUUGAUGCUGGCCAUGUCAGUACCGAGCAUCACUUAAUGCCUAUGGCAAACACUUCGAGCAAUUGGAUGCAUGGGCAAGCUCUAUGUCAACCACCCCAAAUGCCGCCUUUUACCAUCCACAGAAACAGUAUCCAGCCUCAGCUGCAAAAGGGCCUUUGUAAGCAUGCUGUUUGUGAUCCAGAUCACCUUUAUUCAUGUCAUGAAGUCUAAUGUCUCAAAUCAGAACUUGGACCAAGCUGCUGUUACUCCUGCAUUGUCGAAAAGUUAGUUGGGUUCUCAGUUGAUGUUCACACAACUGAAAAGUUGGUUGGACUGAAAGAAAUGCUGUGUUUUGUAUUUAGACCGAAACUUUUAUGCCUCAGGCAAUUUUCUGUGGUUAAACUCUGCGAGGGUGCAGAGUUAGAAGCCUGCCAUUCCAUUUCUCUCACUGUUAUGAAAGAACCAUUAAGUAUCAUAGUCAUCAAAAUGUAAUGCUCGCUUUAAUUCA